CGGUGUGUUUAAGUUAGGUCGGCCCCUUCUCACUCGGGCAGGCGGCUUCGCGUGUCCAAAUGUCGGCUGUGGGCACCGACAGCAGGUUGGGAUGCUUGAAGUUGAACCGGCGCCAUGACCCGCCUUGUGGCUUCGAAUCUGAGCUUGUGGAUCCACUGUACUUGACUAAUUAGCCUUGAAGUGCUGUUGAAGAUCAUCAUGUUCAUCUCGACGAGCUAGCGGCGGACUGCGGACCGAUCAAGUGAGAAGAGGUUGUGCUUUUUGGAGAGACCAGAGACGGAGCCACAGAAUGGACCCCAGGCUCAAAUCCUACUAGAAAGACUCCAAGGUGGCCCUUGUGACAGCUUGAACCGGCGAGAGCUUUAAGAUGAUUGACACCAGGCUGGCAAGUCAAAGGCGGGAGAUGAAACAUCUCGGUGACAGCAGCUAUCAAAAGACCAGCACCUAUAUUGUGCCAUGCUUCCUCUUUGUAGAGCUGGUCAUCAUGGCGGGGACUGUGCUGCUGGCGUACUACUUUGAGUACACGGACACCUUCCCCGUGCACGUUCAGGGCUUCUUCUGCUUCGACAAAGCCUACUCCAAGCCGUACCCGGGACCGGAGGACUACAGCAAGGCGCCUCCUGUGCUCGUCUACUCCCUGGUUACGGCCAUCCCGACUGUGACGAUUCUGAUUGGAGAAGUGACCAGUUUCUUUGUCAAGUCAGAGGGAGCUCAGGAGAAGACCAUUGUGACCGCAGACUGCUGCUAUUUCAACCCGCUCCUUCGCAGAAUCGUACGCUUUCUGGGCGUCUACUCCUUUGGCCUAUUCACGACCACCAUCUUUGCCAAUGCGGGUCAAGUGGUGACCGGGAACCAGACGCCUCAUUUCCUGAGCGCCUGCAAGCCCAACUACACGGCGCUGGGCUGCCAGUCCUCGCUGCAGUACAUCACAGAACAACGCGCCUGCACGGGGAACCCUUUCUUGGUGGCAUCCGCCCGCAAAUCAUUCCCCUCCAAAGACGCGGCGCUCAGCUUUUACUCAGCCAUCUACACGGUGAUGUAUGUGACCUUGAUUUUCCGCACUAAGGGGACCCGUCUUACCAAGCCGACCUUGUGCCUGGUGCUGUUGUCGCUGGCCGUGCUGGUGGGCGUGGUGAGGGUGACGGAGCACAGAAACCACUGGAGCGACGUCCUGGCCGGGUUCAUCACCGGAGGAGCCAUCGCUGCCUUCUUGGUGUCUUGUGUGAUCAACAAUUUCCAGCCAGCCCAAAAGGCAGUGCCCAACCCUCCGCCUCCAGCGCCUCAACCUUUAGAAACACCGGCCGGGAUACCUCUGCUCUCUCUUCCCCGCGUGGAGAGUCCACUUGAAAAGUUAAGUGACCCUCAGGCUCCAGGGCUACCAUAUUCUGAGAUCACAUGACCAUCAGCCAAUCCCGCACCCCACCCCCGUGCACCACCCCUUGCGGAGGUGCCUCACCAGCUCAGUCUAGACCGGCCCGACGACGACGACGCCACCCAGCCCUGUCCCGCCCACCACAGGGGGCGGCUUCCUUUCCGCCGGGUGAAGUCCACGCAGGUGUGAAAGCCCAAGGGCAGAACGGCGGCGUGAGCCAGCCUGCCGAGCCGUCACAAGGCAGCGACCACUUCUGUUACUCCUUUUUUUCCCCCCCUUCUCCUCACUCGAGGAGCAAAAGAGCCAAGGUAAAGCUCACUAAAGCCAGUUGUGUUGAAGCAAUACAUCACCCCCAUGUCCCGGAGACUCCAAAACAAGUCUGAUCAAAACUUAUUGGAGCAAACACUUUGAGGACCGGGAGCGAAGCCUAAUAAGACCAGUGGAUGGUCCACUUCAGAUGUUUUUCCUAACACUCAGGACAAUACAGUGUGGAAAGAGAUAUUUAUAUGUCAACAAAUACAUCUGAAGUGGAUGGUCCACUUCAGAUGUUUUUCUACCACUCAGGACAAUACAGUGUGGAAAGAGAUAUUUAUAUGUCAAGAAAUUACACAAUACAAACAUUUUUCUAUCCCCAAAAACAGUGUUUCCCAACCUUUACCGAGUCUGUUUUACAUGAGAAUAACCUAACAGCACACCACUAAACAAAAAUAUCACAAAAAGAAUAAUGGAAUAAUGAUGAUGUCGUCUCAAUGUGAAAUCUGGGUGAGUCUAGCUGCUCCGAUUCUGUUUUAUUCAUGACAACAGGUGUACCUUCUGACAUCGAGUGGAAGAGUGUUUAAUUGUAAUGCGUCACCGGUGUAGAGACAGAGAAAAUGUUUCGAGUGGAUUAUUGAUCAUUUUUAGGCCAAGUCAUUAAAACUGGGUCAUUUUCCACUGCACAUCUGAUAAAGAAAGCAGUAAAAAAUACUUCAAAAAAUAAUUUACAUUAAAUUAUGUCUCAGUAUCUUAAAGGCUGAGCGUGCCAAUAAAACAAACAUACUCAACCCAUUCCUGUGCUGCUCCCCAUCUUAGAAUUAGUCCAGUAAAAAAGUGACUGUGGCAUACUUCAUGUAGUAUCUAAUAAUUAUAUUGAAAUAAUUUUCACAUGUAUUUUGAUUUGUGAUACAUAUGUUAUAAUGUAAAAAGACUUUAAAGACCAGGUGCAUCCAUGAUUUCUUGUCAACUUCAUGUACACCCUGUUGUAAAGCUUAUUUCACACAGAGAUUCUGCAAAAUUGGCCGCAUGGGAGCCGGAACAGCCGUAACAUCUGGCAUUAGCCGCCGUUGCCUUUAAUGCUAACCAAGGAAUGGCGGAAUAUUGUUGAGCCCCUGCAAUCAUUUCAAAUGCAACGUUGCCGGGGGAGGUAAGAGCGAAUUCAAUUCUGUCAGAAAACACUUUUGUCAAUCAUAGCACACAUUAAGCAUUUGACAAGCUGUCAUCUGAUUGUGUCGUGAACUGAGUGAUGUGAUAGAAGGGACAUUUAUACACCACAAAUCUUAAGCCUCAUAACAUAGCUGUUUAAGGAAUAUUUGAACUAUGACUGAGAGAAAAAAAACAUUUUAGCAAGCGCAGUGAUCGUUUUUUAGUUAAAAAUGACGAGAAUUAUGCUAUUAGGCUAACAAGAUAUUUUCAUGUGUGUUUACUGAUGUUUCUCUUUUGAUACUGUGAGCAUUUGACCAGCCUAUCAUGCGCUACUUUUUGUUGUUGCUGAUGUCUUCUUGAAGACCUCUUCAUUUUGUUCCAAAUUCAUUUCAGCAUAUAGAAACCGGUGACUCGGAAUAUAGACGUAAUGCCAACAAGCUGUUUUGUACAAUCAAUGAAAGGUUUUCUUACACUUAUGAUUACGUCUAAACGUGGAGGAAUGUGUUUUGCGUCUGCUCACAAUCAAAAGGACUGGCUGUGUUUGUCUAAAUGUGCUUUGGUGACCAGUCCGGGGUGUGCUUGGCCUCCGUCAAAUUCAACUGGGAUAGGCUCCAGUUUCCUGUGAACCCAAUGAAGAAAAUGAUACAGAAAAAGAAUAGAGGUACAUCACUACUAUGUCUUUCAACUGUGUGUGUGUGUGUUAGUGAGCACACUGAACGACAGCACAACUGUUAAUUGCGCAACCUGUUUCAUUUAAGUUGAACCCCACUCCGGGGGAUCCUUUCUUUGAUCGAUCCUUGCCAAGACCGCUUCCGUCCACCACUAAUAGGAAAAAAGAAAAGAAAAUAGAAACAACCUCUGCCCUAUCGUAUCAGAGGGUGCUCACUAUACAGUAUUAUACCUCACAGAUUACCUACAUUAAACUGUUAAAUUUGUCUGACAAAAAAAUUGUGUCAACACACGUCCA